AUGGCCGUCCCCAAGGGCUACGAAGCUGUGGUCGCAUUUAAGCUUUGCCCACCUGGGGGGAUUCUGCUUCAACUCGGCAUAUACAUCUUCGACAUGGCCAACGACGUAGUGCAAGUUGGAACCUUCGUUCACCACGGCGACUUCUGGUUCGCGGGCUUCAUGGUGGUUUUCGUCGGCCUUUGCUUACUUUGCACGAACUUCAUGGUGUCUGAGCAGAGUCCACUGAAGCGCUGCGACCUCGUCGGCGAGGCAAAGCUGUGCCUGGCACGGCAAGUGCCGACCCAAGCUUGGCAGGGGAUGCUCGGCGCUGAGCGGAACAUCGAAGCACCGGGCACGGGCCUCAUCGGCCCAUACGGGUCCUCGCUGAUCGCCCUGACGCCACUCCAGACGGCGAGUGCCCUCUACGGGCUUUACAGCUCGGCAAAGGCCAUGGCCGAGGGAAGGCUCGACUUCGAGGCUGGCGGUGGUGGCAAUGCUCAAUCAUACUCAUUGAAGGCGGUGCGCCCGAUGCAGGCCACCCUCCUCUCCGUUUGGUACUGCGGUGCCUUCGUGGCGGAGCUGGCGGCCUUCGCCGUGGUGAGUGCGACACUGCACCCCUUUGUCACCUUGCCGGCAUACAUGCUUGGUGCGGCGGCGAACGGGGCAGCUGUCUGGUGGGACGGAGGUGAUCACCAUCAGAUCCUGCAAGCGACUAUCGCAUCUGUUUUGAGCUUGGCCAUGGCUAUGGCAGGUGGUCAGACGAGCGCCUUGCUAAAACGGGGUGGGUUUCGUGGUCCAGGCUUCAUCCCAGCAGUGUUUAUCCUCAUACGCUUUUGGAGCUGGGCGGCCCUUUGCUGCAUGGAUCUUCCGCAGGGGCUCUUGCCUAUCGGAUCCCUGGGACGGCCCAUGGGCUUGCAGAUUCUCCAGGCCAAGUUCCUGGAGCCAGCCGCCGCUUCCAGCGACGCUCUUCGUUGCUUCACUUCGCACACGUGGGUAGCUACGGAGACGAGGAGGAAUUCGACCGUCACGUCUUUCAGCACGGAGGUGGGUUUCCAUGCGUGCAGCUGGCCAGCAACCGGCGAGCUGAGCACAGCAUCCACCAUCUUCAACAGCUGCUUGUUGUUCUUGGCCGUGGUAUUCGUCCCACUCCACAUCUGCAUAGUCCUCGCAAUGCUGGUCUUGAACCCCAUAUACGCAUGUGGAGCUGAAAACCUCGGGUUGAUAGAGGAGGUCGAAGCGAAGCAGAUUGAAAUCGACGUUUUCGGACAGCAGAACGAAGAGAUGAGCGGCGAGUAUAUGCUUUGCACGCUUUCGGACAUGGCCAACGAUGUGCUGCAGAUCCUAACCUUUGUCGUUCAUGGAGACUACUGGUUCGCGGGGUUUAUGUUCGUCUUCAUCGGCCUGACCUCACUUAGGACAGUCGGCGACAGUCGCAAGUUAAGCACAUUGAAGCGCUUCGACCUGCUUGGCGAGGCAAAGCUGUGCCUAGCGCGCAAGGUUCCGACGCCGGCUUGGGCAUUCAUGCUCACGUCUGAGCGGAUGAUUGAAGCGCCGGGCACGGGACUCAUCGGCCCCUAUGGCGCCUCGUUGAUCGCUUUGACGCCGCUCCAAGCUGCGAGCGCCCUCUACGGACUUGUCAGUUCCGCCAAGGCCAUGGCCGAGGGGAGGCUCGACUUCGAGGCAGUGGGUGCUGCCGAUGCGUCUCCAUCCUUCGCACUGAGAGCGGUACGCCCGGUAAAGGCCGCCCUCCUCACCGUCUGGUACUUUGCUGCCUUCGCGGCAGAGUUGGCGGCCUUCGCCGUGGUCAGCGCGACGCUGCACCCGCUGGUAACCCUCCCUGCAUACUUCUUGGGCGCCAUGAUGAAUGCGGUCGCGCAUCAUAGCAGCGAAGGGCGAAUGGGCACCCUACAAUUAUUUGUACAAUCUUGCAUGGCGGUUUCCGUGGCCAUGGCAGGUGCCCAGACGGCGGCCUUUUUCAAGAAUGUGGAUGUAGGUGGCCCAGGCUGGAUUCCGGCAGUCUUCAUCUCAAUACGCUUUUGCACCUGGACAGCCCUGUGCUUCCUCAACCUUCCGCAUGGGCUUUUGCCUGUCACCUCCCUGGGACGGCCCAUGGGCUUCCCGGUGCUGCAGGCAAAGUUCUUGAAGCCGGCCGCCGCAUGCUGGGAGGCUUUAGUUUGCUUCACAUCGCAAGCAUGGAUAGCGACGGAGACGGAGACGAACUCGACACUGAUGUCUUUCACUGCCGAGGUGGGAUUCGGUGAGUGUGGCUGGCCGGCAACCGACGAGCUGAACACUACGUCCACCAUCUUCAACACCUGCCUGUUGGUCUUAGCCGUGGUGCUUGUCACGAUCCACAUGUGUGUAGUCAUCGGGAUGCUGGUGGUGAACCCCGUCUAUGGCUGCGGCGCUGACGACCUCGCUCUGAAGGAGGAGGUCCAAGCAAAGGAUCGUGAACUCGUUAGUUUUGCAUCUGAGAACGAGCGAGCUGCAGGGCAGUACACAGAGAUGAGCUUGCUGGCAAAUUAA